UCGAGGCAGCUUGGAUGCCGUUUUAACGUGCCCCGCGGACACCCACGCGGCUCUGAGAGAGAAUCCCCAGGACUGGUAGAGGCCCUCCCUACUGAGGGCGGGCAGGGUUGUCGCGGGCAGGGUGGCUACAGAGCAGGGGCAACCCGCAACCGCCGCUGCCAGCGGCCCUACUCAAGGAGCUUGGCUGCACUUGAGGCCACCAGCUCGGUCCACGCCGCCUUGCGGUCAUUUUCAGAGCCCCUCGGGGUCCCAGGUCUCAGUGUCCCCAGCGGACCUAUGUGGAGCAGAGCAGCUGAGCCUCACCACCGGCCAGAGAGUCCAGCAGCCCCUUCGCUGCGCAAGCGCUCCAGCUAGCAGAGACAGCCCAGCCUUGCAGUCUACUGAGCACGCGCGCUGGUCUGACGCUCCCGUUAUACCUCCCUCGCGGCCGUUCCGACAGUGCGCAGGCGUACUAAGCCUCAGCAGCCCCGGGAGGCGGGCGUAGGGCGAGGGGGGGCGGAGCGAGCCGGAGCCUGCGGCUGCGCACUCGUAGGCCCCGUCCCUCGGGUUUGCUUACGGAGCCUCAGCUCUUGGCUGGGGAAACAACCGAGCUCUGCGUCGAAAUUGAGCCUUCGGAGGUGCUGGCCGCGGACGCCACCGACGCACCAUGGCGUCUGCUGCUCUCGGGCCGACGCCGCGCUGGGUGAUGCUCCUCGGCGCCGCGCUGCUGCUGCUUCUGCCCGUGGCCUCCGCGCAGGAGCCUCCGGGAAUGGGUUGUUCUCUGUACACAAACAGAUCCUGUGAAGAGUGCCUCAGGAAUGUCUCGUGUCUGUGGUGCAACGAGAACAAGGCAUGCUUGGACUACCCAGUGAGAAAAAUCUUGCCCCCUGCUUCUCUUUGUAAAUUGAGUUCUGCUCGCUGGGGUGUAUGCUGGGUGAACUUCGAGGCCCUGAUCAUCACCAUGUCUGUGCUGGGGGGCUCUGUGCUCCUGGGUAUCACCGUGUGUUGCUGCUGCUGCUGCCGCCGGCGGAACAGGAGCCGGAAGCCAGACAGGAGCGAUGAGCGGGCCAUGAGAGAGCAGGAGGAGAGGAGAGUGCGGCAGGAGGAGAGGAGAGCGGAGAUGAAGUCAAGACACGAUGAAAUCAGAAAAAAAUACGGUCUGUUUAAAGAACAAAACCCAUACGAGAAGUUCUAAAGCAGCUGGCACACACUGCGGCAGAUCUUGCAGUUCCAAAGUUUCCUGGGAGUGCCCUCCUCAGCAUAGCCUGCGGAGACCUUACCACUACAGCCACCCGUGACCCGAGUCAUCCCUCCAGCCUCAGCAUGGGCACCAGAGUGGCCUUGAGAAGACAAUCCUGCUCUUGUUCCCUCUUUCUCUGUAUGUAAUCACCUGAGACGUUAAUCUUGUUGACAUUCUUUUAUGGGGGAGGAAAUGUACUCGUCCCCACACUCUACAAAGCUGGCUGCUAAGUGGCCUUGCUGGGAGAUUCACAUUGUAACAAAUGAAGUCAUAUUUACUUUGUUAUGGCAAGAACUGACCCAUCAUCCUUGCUUUCCUAAGGCUGUGUUGUGACUGCAAGCCCAUUUCUGUGACAUGUCAUUGCUUUAGUUUUGGUGGCUUUUUGGAAGGCAUCGUCCCCACAAACAGUCUGGUACCUAGCUAUAUCCAGUAACACAGUAGCAUAUAAAGUCACUCAAAGUCUUUAGUCCCUCAGGAAACAGUCUCACCAAAACAUUUCAUGAAAAGUCCAGGCCUCUUCAUGGAUGGCGUUUUUUCAGUUUCUCUAAUAGACCGAGAAUCUUCUCCCCAUGGGAAAUCUGAGUUAGUUAUGAAUUCAGUUUGAGUGCCGAGUCGUCUGCCUCAGACUUCUCCAGCUGUGGUGAUGCAUGGCGUCACAUGUCCUCAAAAGGGCUUUUUUUAUGCAGAUCUUAGACAUCUCCCCUCUCCCUGUCAGGCUGCCCUGUUGGUCCUGUGUGUAUCAUGGAGGAUGAGCACUUGUCCCCUGGCCAGCGCAUUGUAGAAGCUGAGUGUGUAGGAAGCGAGGAGGACCCCACCCCAUAAUACCAACCAGAAACCCUGCCUGAGCAGACAGGCAUGCCCACCUCACUUCCCACCCCGCUUCCAGCCACAUCUCUGCUACUGUACCUGACACAUCAUCAUGGGCCCUUGGUCAAGGGACACUGAGGUCCCCAUGAUUCUGUCCACAGUGUACAUUUCUCUGAAGUCCGGAAUGUCACUAGUAAGCGGAUGACAAGCUUGAUGGCAGGGUAAGGAGCAAAGCUAUCCUCCUGGGAAAGCAGCCAGCAGCAGUUGAGGUGGCCUUAUGGCAGGCUCCCUCAUUCUGGACACCUCACCUAGCUAACCUUUUCAACUCUGUCGGUCUCUCCAGGAGUUCACAAACUAAGGGAAUGGCCUCCACCACUCUGGAGUCUUACUGUUUUUCUGCCUUGUUAGGCAUUUGAUAUAAUUUAAAGCACCGUCAAACUUGUGGUAUUAUAGCAGCCAAUGAGAUUUGCCCUUCUACUGUCGGUUGAUAAAGGAAGCCCUCCUCACACGCCUUGAUGAACUUUGUAUUAAUAUGUAGCAUGUAUACAUCACACCUGUUAGGUUGCUGAGCUGAUGUUAGAGCGGCCAACUGCUAAAAGCAGAGUGUCUAAAUCUCCAGUGUAGAAACGCAGCAGGUGCUCGCCAGGCUGGCCGGUGCCAUCUGAGCAGCACGAAGAGCAGCCGCAGACCUGCGCCCAAGACCAUGACACCCAGUGCCUUACUUUUUAACUACUUUCCAAUAAAAUGGUUGAAGAUGA